AUGUUGUCAGAGGAAGUAGAGUACUGGUGGGAUAAUGCUAGACAAAAAUUUGAUGCUAAUGGUAUUGCGUUAACUUGGGCUAUUUUUAGGGACACAUUCUUGAAAAAAUAUUUCCCAGCUAAUGUACGUAGCAAAAAGGAGAUCGAAUUCCUUGAACUUAAGCAAGGGAAUAUGACCGUUGCAGAUUAUGCUGCUAAGUUUGAGGAAUUGUUUAGGUUUAGCCCUCACUAUAAUAGGGUAGAAGCUGAAGUGUCCAAAUGCAUUAAGUUUGAGAAUGGACUUCUCCCAGAGAUCAAACAGUUUAUUGGGUAUCAGGAAAUUCGUCAAUUCUCCGUGUUUGUCAACAAGUGUCGUAUAUAUGAUGAAGACAGUCGUGUUGGAUCUGCUCACUACAAGAGUGUUAGUGAGAAGAAGAAUGGAAACCAAAGUCGUGGCAAACCAUAUUCGAUUCUAGUUUCUAAGGAGGAUCAUAAGACUCAUCAGAACACUGCAAGUGGGAAAGGAACAAGUACGAAGGUGCUCAUACUCCUAUUAAGUGUUUCAAGGGUGAAGAUUUAG